UCCCGCUGCCCCCCAUCUCUCUCUGUCUGUCUCUCUUUCUCCCCCCUCCCCUCCCUCCCUCCCUCUCUCUCUCUCUCUGUCUCUCUCUGUCUCUCAAGGUGUAGGAGCUCUCCUUUUCCAGACCAGAGAGGGGCGCCUUUCCUGUUCCCCUCCCCCUCACCCACCGAUUUUUUUUUUAAAUGGGGAAAAAAAUCCAAGCCGGGAGUAAUAGCGAGUGGAUCUGCUCGGAGCUGAAUGAAUGGAAGCUGCGGGGCGGGCCUGCGCGGACGGCCACCCUGCCCACGAUGCGGUCCCCUCGCGGCCUGUAGGGCCCUCGCCAGCCCCUCGCCCUCCUCCCGCCCCGGGCAGAGGCCGCCGCCAGCUCCGUGCCCGACGCCGAGGCCGCGGCGGCCGAGGGGAAGGUCGGAGGGAGGGUGGUUUCCUCCCGCCCCACACCCAGUCUCCGAGCCGGAUAUAUAGAGUGUCACGUUUGGGAGCCGAAAGACGAGAGCAGCUUCCUCGUGGCCGGAGCACUUCCCGGAGCCCCGGGGAAAGACCGGGAUUUAGAGGACCACUAGUUGAGCCCGCCCCGCGCCGGAGGAGCAGUCAGUUUACUGACUGGUGUACAUCAUCUCAUCAGGGCUACUGGCCUGCCACUAAGCGCUCUGAUAUACCAGUUAUCGGAAUUCCAGCUGAGUUUGGAUGAGAACAGCAAAAAGAGACAGGAACCUCUUUCCGAAGCUAUAAAAGACAAAGGGAAGAGCCAUGUCCAUGAUUGCAGAUUUCUAUGGUGGCAAGUCCAUUCUCAUUACUGGGGCCACAGGCUUCUUGGGCAAAGUGUUGAUGGAGAAGCUAUUUCGCACCAGCCCAGAUCUGAGAGUCAUUUACAUCCUUGUGAGGCCCAAGGCUGGCCAGACCCUGCAGCAGAGGGUUUUCCAGAUCCUAAAUAGUAAGCUAUUUGAAAAAGUCAAAGAAGUUUGUCCAAAUGUGCAUGAGAAGAUCCGAGCUAUUUCUGCAGAUCUCAAUCAGAAUGACUUUGCCAUCAGCAAGGAGGACAUGCAGGAGCUUCUUUCCUACACAAACAUCAUCUUCCACUGUGCGGCUACUGUGCGCUUUGAUGACCACCUGAGACAUGCCGUGCAGCUUAACGUCACUGCCACCCAGCAGCUCUUGCUCAUGGCCAGUCAGAUGCCAAACUUGGAAGCCUUCAUACACAUCUCUACUGCCUUUUCAAAUUGUAACCUGAAGCACAUUGAUGAAGUCAUCUAUCCAUGCCCUGUGGAGCCAAAAAAAAUCAUCGACUCCAUGGAGUGGUUAGACGAUGCUAUUAUUGAUGAGAUCACACCCAAGCUGAUUGGGGAUCGGCCUAAUACGUACACCUACACCAAGGCCUUGGGAGAGAUGGUGGUGCAGCAGGAGAGCGGCAAGCUCAAUAUUGCCAUCAUACGGCCCUCCAUCGUGGGAGCAACCUGGCAGGAGCCUUUCCCAGGUUGGGUUGAUAACAUAAAUGGACCUACUGGGCUCAUUGUUGCGGCUGGGAAGGGGUUUCUUCGGUCCAUAAGAGCUACUCCGAUGGCUGUGGCAGAUUUAAUUCCAGCAGAUAUAGUCGUCAAUCUCACCUUGGCUGUAGGAUGGUACACGGCAGUUCACAGACCUAAGUCAACAUUGAUCUACCACUGUACGUCUGGCAACCUCAAUCCCUGUAAUUGGGGCAAAAUGGGGAUCCAAGUCUUGGCAACCUUUGAAAAAAUCCCACUUGAGAGAGCUUUCAGGAGGCCAAAGGCUGAGUUCACAACCAACAACGUCACAACCCAGUACUGGAAUGCAGUCAGCCACCGGGCCCCUGCCAUGAUCUAUGACUUCUAUCUGCGGCUCACGGGAAGGAAGCCCAGGAUGACAAAACUCAUGAAUCGGCUUUUAAGAACCCUUUCCAUGCUGGAGUAUUUCAUCAACCGGAGUUGGGAAUGGAGCACAUACAAUACAGAAAUGCUGAUGUCCAAGCUGAGUCCUGAAGACCAAAGAGUAUUCAACUUCGAUGUGCGCCAGUUGAAUUGGUUGGAAUACAUUGAAAAUUAUGUUUUAGGAGUUAAGAAGUAUUUAUUGAAAGAGGAUAUGGCUGGGAUCCCAGAAGCAAAGCAACACUUAAGAAGGCUCCGAAAUAUUCACUACCUCUUUAAUACUGCCCUCUUCCUCAUCGCCUGGCGCCUUCUCAUUGCAAGAUCUCAGGUGGCUCGGAAUGUGUGGUUCUUCAUCGUGAGCUUUUGUUACAAAUUCCUCUCCUACUUUAGGGCGUCCAGCACACUCAAGGUCUGAGAACAUUUGGCGAUCUCCUUUUGUUUGGAACCUCUCAGAUACCUCUAAAACAGCAACUGUAGUUCUCAAGAUUAGGUAGUAACAAAUAUGUCCAAGUCAUUACCUGUCAAAUGUGCUGUCACGUAUAGCCUUAUUUCUUAACUAUACAUUUUUAUUUCAGUGAGAGAAGGAAAGUCAUAUCCUAGCCUAUAAUCGUACAUGUUAGGAAAAAAUUGUUUCCUGAUUGUUUCCUAACACUCUAUUCUAUGCUCUUGAAUAUAAAACACCAAAGUACACCCAUCUUCCCAUAUUUAGCUUUUUCCUCCUUGAGAGGACUAAUUUCAACUCAAUAAACAUGGAAGAACACAUGGUAGAAGCUGAGAUAUGCUAAAGAAAGGCAGUUCUAACCUUGGAACCAUUCUAGUGUACUUAGUAUAAAGGUUUAAAAUCAAGGUAAGUAGAGGAAGGAAGGUCUCAACAUCUUCACAAAUGCUGUUAGAGAAAUAAUUCUCCACCGAGGUUUCUGCUUUCUUUUUGUGUUAUACCAUGGAGUCCUGUUUGAGGGCUGGGGGAAUUAGAAAAGUGGGUUCACAUUUAACAUUUUCCUUAACUAUACCCACUUCUGAAACCUAAAAAAAACCAAGAGGUGUAAAUAAUUAUGUAUAAAGUGAAGGCUCAAGUGUAUUUUCAUUGGGACUCUUUAUUAUGCUUUUAAGUAAAAAUUAGUUCCCGUAAUUUGAAUUUGACAUCGAUUAUUUC